UUGGUGAGCAGAAGAACAUUGUGUCUUGUUUUGUCAUUAUUCUUGUGCAUUAGAACAUUCUGGAUAUAUAUAUCCACCUCAAAGAACCAGUUUUGAAGGACAUAUUUGGCCUUGGUGGACCUUUGGCCCAGUGUGCAGGAGUCAUGAAGCCCCGUAGACCAAGCUGUGCAGAUUCUGGCUCUGAGUCUGAUUCCAGAGAUCCAGAGAAGUUUGAGAGUGCAGUUCGGCGAAGGAUGGCAGCCAACGCUCGUGAGAGGAAGAGAAUGCAGGGCUUGAACACGGCAUUCGAUCGCCUGCGCAAAGUUGUUCCUCAGUGGGGCCAGGACAAAAAACUCUCUAAAUAUGAAACCCUGCAGAUGGCCCUGAGCUAUAUCAUGGCCCUCAAUCGGAUCCUGACUGAUGCCAGUAGACACACAACUCCUCAAAAGGACUGGCUGAAUCUUCAAUUUGAAGACCUACAACCAGAGACCUAUUCUUGCUUUAUGCAUUAUAACUCAUCCAUGGAAAAUGACUGCAUGCAUUCCUCUUUCUCCUACGACUACGAAAGUCUCUAAGUUCUCACUUAGACUCGUACGCAAUGGAGCAUUAAUUUGUAUCUUUGUUUACGUAGAUACAGGAGUCAGUAAAUACAUUUGUAUUACUAUGUAAUAUUUUAUAUUUAUGGUCGGAAAAUCAAGUGUUUGAUUAGCUUUAAUGGAGUCUGAACAAUUCUAGGGGUAGAGUUGCGUAAUUGUUGCAAUAAAAUAGUUUUUUCUAUGCACUUUUAUAAAAAUCUUCCACUAGGCGAUUGUAUUUGAUGACUCCAUAAA